AUGCCGUUGGACGACUGGCGAAAGAACUUCAACAAGAAGCUGGACAACUUUGGCGAAGAUGCGAUGAAAAAGGUUCGACAGCAGCGCGAGGCAAAUGCUGGCGGUAGCUCUGCUGGUGGAGGUAGAGUAGGACUUCAGGAUCGAAUGAGCAUGCUCAAAGGCGAAAACCCUAGAUGGAAUCGAGAUGUGGAUUCUCGAACGUCGGCAGCAGGAGGGGGAACCGGGUCAGACUAUAAUCCGACAGUUGUACCAGAGAGAAGUCGAGUGCCACCUGCACCACCAUCCGCAUUGAACAAGGGUCGUCCACCUCCUCCUCCAGCUAGACACUCAGCCACAGGGUCGAUCGGAUCGGUGGGCUCUGCGUCUGGACAUGCCCCGUCGUUGCCUCCACGCAUGCAAAACGAGGAUGGGACGAGCAAUCCACCCCCACCUUAUCCUCCGGCCCAGCAUGUGUAUCCGACUAGCGAGGGCGCAGGUCAUAUCGAGUUCUCGCGCUUCACGAGACAAGACAAGGCUGCCUUCUUUGAGCUUCUUGAUGAAUACUUCGAUCAGCGAGAACGUGGUCUGCGCUGA